AACGGUCACAACGGGCAGCUGAGGAACCAACACACUGUUCCACUGUGCCGGGACUUGUCUCUCAGUGCGUCUGUGCGUGUGCGAGUGUGCGUGAGCGGGGUCGUGUCAUUCUACCAUGUCUCCGCCGAGGACGCGCGGCUCAAUGUGAAUAAACCGGGGAACCGGCCGGAUACUCUCAGAGGAGGUGAACGCACCUUGCGUCCUGCAGCCAUGGGAGGUCAGAUCACCAGACACACCAUCUACGAUUCUCUGAACGCACCGUUUCCCGCAACAUCCCACCGGUGCCACUACAAGCCGAAGCGCUGCCUGCCUAUUCAGCCAUGCGCAGGCUUGUCCUCCGUCCCUCUCCUCUUUCACCCCAGCACCAAGGGCUCGCAGAUCAUCAUGGACAUGUCCCAGAGGACGGUUAAGAGACAGGCCAGCUUCUGUAAUGCCAUUACGUUCAGCAACAGACCCAUCGCUGUGUACGAGCAAGUUCGACUGAAGAUCACUAAAAAGCAGUGCUGCUGGAGUGGUGCUCUGCGUCUUGGUUUUACGUGCAAAGACCCAUCGCGGAUCAACCCAGACACCUUGCCCAAGUACGCCUGCCCCGACCUGGUCUCCCAGAGCGGCUUCUGGGCCAAGGCUCUGCCCGAGGAGCUCUCCAAUGAGGGAAACGUCAUCUCCUUCUGGGUGGACAAGAAGGGCCGUGUGUUUUAUCGCAUCAACGACUCCAGCCCCAUGCUGUUCUUUAGCGGCGUGCACGUCUCUGAACCCCUGUGGGCUCUCAUAGACAUCUACGGUCUCACCAGAGGGGUCCAGCUGCUAGACAGUGAGAUGGUCCCUGUGGACUGCCUGCGUCCUCGCUCUUUUGCAGCCACCCACCAGGCCUCUAUUCAGCGAAGUGGCGACGACCCUCACCUCUCCAUCAGCCUGUGCGAACUGAGCCUGCAGCACCAGGAGAUGCAUCUGGAGGAAGACGAUGAGGAAGACGACCGACUGCAGCCCUUGAGCUCUGCCUCGUGCCACGUGCCCCAAAACUCUCAAAACUCACAGCAGUGCUCACUGCUGCCCAGCCAUUUGGACACUGAUCUGCACUUCCACUCGGUGCACGGCAUCCACGUUACCAUGCUGGAUAAGCACACUGUUGGACGGCUGGAUCACCGUGGCGAUGAGAGAACCCUGGUGUUCACCAGCCGGCCGAUGCGCUGCUCAGAGACUGUGUUCGUGAAGGUGAAGGCGGGCGUCAUGCGGCCUGCUUCUCUGUCUUAUGGUGUUACGUCCUGCGACCCAGCCACCCUGCGGCCCAGCGACCUCCCAUCAAACCCAGAAUCCCUGGUGGACCGCAAGGAAUUCUGGGCCGUGUGUCGGGUGGUGGUGCCACUCCACAGUGGAGAUAUCCUGGGCUUUGUGGUGAACUCAGACGGGGAGGUCAUGAUGAGCCAUAACGGCAUCAGUGCAGGGAUGCAGUUGUGUGUAGAUAACUCCAGGCCCCUCUGGAUGUUUUACGGCCUGCACGGCACCGCCACACAACUCAGGAUUUUAGGCUCGUCUCUGCACCCAGACCUCCGAGGUCUGUCCGUGCCCAGCUCCCCGUCCUGUAAACCCAACAUCCCCACAAUGCUUUGCAGCGGCAACUCGGAGCCCAGCCUCGACACACCCUUCAACAACAACCUCAACUCAAGCCUCAACUCCAACUACCACACACUCUUCUCCUCGUCCACAGGUACAACUCCGAGCUCUCCGUUUUCCAGCCACCCAGAGUCCCCGACCUUCCCACCCUGCCCGGGUUCGUGGAGCGACGAGUGCACCAUCUGCUACGAGAACGUGGUGGACACGGUGCUCUACGCCUGCGGACACAUGUGUCUCUGCUACACCUGUGGCCUCAAACUCAAGAAGAUGGCCAACGCGUGCUGCCCCAUCUGUAGGAGGACGAUCAAAGACAUCAUCAAGACCUACAGGAGCACGUAGGCGUGUGUGGCGUCUUCAGGUCCAGCUCACAGAGAUUGUCAAAGCCAUGUAAGACUUUGUAAAGACGGACACAGCACAAGUGAAAACCACGGUUAUUUGUAUGUGCAAUCUGGCUCAGGUACUUUACAGCAGGACUUUAAACUCCAUCAUUUGGACUUUGUGUGUAUGUUCUGUUUAAUGCACAACUGCAGGAAGCUCAGAGCGGUGGCUUCCUGUGAAGACACGCUCAUGAGAUUCACCAGAAACUGUCAAAAACUUAGCAGAUUGGACCACGACCCACUAUCGUCCAUCAACUCUUGUGAUUUGUGCGUCUGUAGAGGAGGGAGAAAGCACAAUCUGUAGAGGCAUCUGUCCUACUUACAGGCUUGAUAAGCCUUCAUUCUCUUGGCCAUGGCAUCGCUUCACUGCCGGCCAGUUUACCAAGAAAUAAAAUUGUCCAGAGCUGCGGAAGAAAACGAGGAGAAUAAAUCUGUGGUUCCUCCAGCUGCUCGUGCUCUGCUUGUCAGAAAGCAUCGGGUCAAAAAGUAUUGUUUUACAGUGAGAAUCAAUUCUAAAUGUGAGAAAAAAUCAAGACAAGGUUGUUUUAUCUGAUUUCCAGAGUGAUUCCAGUUACCUGUGUCAAAGCAGAAAGAAAGAGAGAUUUUGUCAGUGGUAAUUUUUGAAUGAAAACGCUCCCUUCUGCAAUAAAACACAAUAAAUGGCUAAACCUAAAGGGUGCAGGAGUCCUUAACUCUGUUGUGUAAUAAAUGAAGUGUUUUUCACGACCGCCCGUGCUUCUGUGGACUAGAGGACGGGGGCGAUUGUGCGAAGGGUAAAAAAAAAAAAGUGUGAAAGUUGUCACCAUAGAAGGUCACACUUGCGGUGAGAUGAGGAUGUAAAUCAGUGCAGAGGGGAGCGAGGGAGGAGAGAGGAGGUUGUAAGUUUGGGAUGUGGACAGUGGAGGAAGAGGCACCUUCAGCUUCAUCUGCCUAUCGUCUCAACGCAAAGAAAGCUGCUCGCUCACUCAGGCAAACCAGACGCAUCACAGGUUUGAAUGACGGCCUGUAAAACGUGGGACUUCCACCAUCUCCAGCUGGAUUCAAAAGAUUCAUUCAUUAUCACGAGAAGAAAAAAAAUACACUCAGUUGCAAACAUCUUUGCUUUCUUCAGGUGACACACUCCUCUUUCAUAAUGUACAUUAAGGCGUGAAUAGUUGCUUUCUGAUGAUGUGUCUCAGUACGUGUGCAGUCGGUGACAUGGAUGUAGCUUGUUAUUGUGAGAAUUUCAUUUGCAUAUCAGUUCCUGAGUGCUGCUCACCGACGACGAAAAUAAACUCCAAGGACGUUUUCACUCGUCUAAUCUCGUGCAUUAUGUCCUGCUUAAAACUGUGGAGAAAUACAAGCGUUCUCCAGAUGUUGCUUUGGCCUCGCUGAACCGUAACUCUGUUAAGUAGUGAGGUGCUAAUUGUUUUAGUUUUUAAUGAUUUCAAGGGGUUUAAGCUUUGUCAACUCGUCCUCUUCAGUGGUGUUGUGCUCCAUUUGCGUAAUGGUGACGGUUUCUCGUGUGCCUUGAGAAAGACUUUGGUCAGGAGGUUCAUCAUCAUGCCUCUGCCGCUCUGACGUGGUUGUAAUGUCGCUGACGUGGAACCGCAGAACUUAUCGAUACAAAGCUGUCGUGUUUGACAUUUCAGAGUGCGUAAUAUCAGCGUGUGAAUUAAUCCGCCGCUCAAGAUGUAACGCUUAAUUACCGCCUCCUCCCUGAUGUCACCGCGUUGCAUAAUACUGGAAUUUUGUUGUGCUUAAGAGCCCUGCCCCCCCACCAGCCUUUACAUUUGCACCUGUUUUUCUUUUUUCUUUCAGACCAAAUAUGACCUACCAGAAAUACAAUGUUGUGAAAGAUUUUUGAUAGAAAAAUGCUAUUGAUGAGUGUUAUAUUAUAGCUGUACAUUAUGAGGUUUAUUUAUUUUGUCCAUGCUACUAUAAAGAAUUGUCACUGUUUGUUUUAUAUGUCUGGCUACAGUGUCCGGAAAUGUAUGAAUAUUACAUUGUUUGCAUAGUCAAAGAUUAUAGAAAACUUUAUUCUCCUAAAAGACUCUGUGGUUGUGUCAGCUGAUUUUCACUUGAAGGAACCGCUUUGAUGAUAUUUUGGGAAAUUUGCUCAAGUACUUUGUGGCGAGAGAGUUAAACGAGAAGAUCAAUACCAGUUACAUACUUGAGUACUUUACUUUAUACCACUUACUGGAACACAUAUAAUUCAAUACAUUUCAGGAAGAAAACUUUUUUUUCCUCCAUUACAGUUAUCUGAGUUAGGGUAAGUAAGAUUUUACAUGCAAAAUACAACAAAUGAUUAUUAUUAUUAUUAUUAUUAGUAGUAGUAGUAGUAGUAGUAAUAAGGUUUCUCUAAAAAUGUGUUAAUCUUUGACCCUGUUACAGCACUGAGAUGCUGCUGACACUUGA